AUGGCGUCCGCCACGAACACGAGCAACUACAAGCUCAACCACACGAUGCUUCGUGUGAAGGACCCCAAGGCCUCGGUCAAGUUCUACGAGUUCCUGGGCAUGUCGCUGGUCAAGAAGCUCGCGUUCCCUGACAACAAGUUCGACCUGUACUUCCUGGCGUACGACAGCCCCAAGGCCGUCUCGCACGGCGCCAGCACCUUCGACCGCGAGGGCGUCAUUGAGCUCACGCACAACUAUGGCACCGAGGACGACCCCAACUACACGGUCAACAACGGCAACAAGGAGCCGCACCGCGGCUUCGGCCAUGUCUGCAUCAGCGUCGACCACAUCCAGGCGUGCUGUGACCGCAUCGAGCAGGCCGGCUACAAGUUCCAGAAGAAGCUGACCGACGGGCGCAUGCGCAACAUUGCCUUUGCGCUGGACCCGGACGGGUACUGGGUCGAGAUUGUCAGCCAGAACAUCAAGAGCACUGGCGCCGACGAUCCGGCCGAGCAGGGUGUUGAGACGGAUGUUUCGACGUACCGGAUGAACCACACCAUGAUCCGCGUCAAGGACGCAGAGAAGUCGCUCAAGUUCUACACCGAGACCCUCGGCAUGACGCUCCUGCGCACCCACGAGGCAAAGGAGGCCGGCUUCAACCUGUACUUCCUGGGCUACGGCGCCAACGACAACGAGACGGGCAGCAUCACCGCCCAUCGCGAGGGCCUGCUCGAGCUCACGUGGAAUUACGGCACCGAGAAGGACGCCGACUUCAAGUACCACGACGGCAACUCGGAGCCGCAGGGCUUCGGCCACAUCUGCGUGUCGGUCGACAACCUUGACGCCGCGUGCGCGCGCUUCGAGCAGAUGCAGGCCAACUGGAAGAAGCGCCUCACCGACGGGCGGAUGAAGAACGUCGCGUUCCUGCUGGACCCAGAUGGAUACUGGGUCGAGGUCGUGCAGAAUGAGCGGUUCGCGGGGAAGGAGAACUUCUAA